AUGUCGGACUUCAAAGAUGACACGGAGAAGGCGACAAUGGAGAGGAUAGAGUCUCCAACUAGAAACCUAGAGGGGUCUAUCAUAGAUGACAUCAGGGAUCCUGAUGAGGGAAAAACAGAAGAAGAGAGAGCAGAAUUGGAACGACAAUUGAUACGAAAACUAGACUAUAGGCUUAUUCCAUGGCUCUGCGUCUUAUAUCUUGCUUCUUUUCUGGAUCGAACGAACAUUGGAAAUGCUAAGAUUGUGGGACUGCAAAAGGACUUACAUAAUAUGACUAGUGGUCAAUACAAUGCCGCCUUGUCGAUAUUUUUCGUCUCCUAUUCGGUCUUCGAACCAAUCUCAAAUAUUCUAUUGAAGAAGUUAAGGCCAAGGAUCUGGUUCACAAUUAUCAUGGUCGUUUGGGGUAUCUGCAUGACCUUGAUGGGCCUAGUUAAAAACUGGUCCGGGUUAAUGGCUGCUAGAUGGUGGUUGGGCCUAUGGGAAGCCGGUCUUUUCCCCGGUGUUAACUAUUAUCUUUCUUGCUGGUACAAGAGAAGCGAAUUCGGUAUCCGAGCUGCUAUCUUUUUCUCAGCAGCUGCGGUCAGCGGUUCAUUCGGUGGUCUCUUAGCUGCGGCUAUCAACAGGAUGGACGGUAUAGGUGGAUUACAUGGUUGGGCCUGGAUCUUUAUUCUUGAAGGGAUUGCCACCACUCUCAUCGGAGUUGCUUCCUACUUCAUCCUGGUCGAUUUCCCGGAUGAGGCUCAUUUCUUGACCGACGACGAGCGCCUACGUGUUAUUAGACGUCUCCGAGCCGAUAAUCAGGCCAGCGCCAACCACGAAUCAUUCCAGUUCAAAUAUGUCAAGCAGGGCUUGACCGACUGGAAGACCUACCUCGGAAUGAUUAUGUAUAUGGGUGUCGACGGCGCCCUAUACGCAUUUUCGCUCUUCUUACCCACAAUUAUCAGUAAUCUUGGCUAUAAGUCCACCGAGGCUCAAUUACUCACUGUUCCCGUAUAUGCUGUCGCCUGUAUCUUCACAAUCAUUGUCGGUUACCUUGCGGAUCGCUUCAAGCAGCGUGGUAUUUUUAAUAUAUUAUUCGCCUUGUUUGCAGUGGCAGGGUAUUCUAUCUUGCUUGGUAGCAAGAAUUAUAAACUAUCAUACGCUGGAACCUAUCUUGCGGCGAUGGGGGUCUAUCCUUGUAUUGCUAACACCAUCACAUGGGUGUCGAAUAACACGGAGGGGGUCUACAAGAGAGGGUUUGUUUUGGGGUUGGUGAUUGGAUGGGGAAAUUUGAAUGGAGUUAUGUCAUCGAACGUUUACCAGGGACGAGAUUCACCGUGGUACAGGCCAGGUCACCUCAUCGUCCUGAUUUACCUGGCAGCAUGUUUACUGGGCGGCUCACUACUAAAUUAUGUUUUACUUAAAAGAGAAAAUAGCAAACGUUUGAGGGGCGAUCGGGACCAUUGGAUUCAAGGAAUGGAGGAAAAGGAAAUUGCGGAUCGUGGAGAUAUGAGACCAGAUUUCAUAUAUACUUUGUAG